AUAUCCAUCCAUAGGGAAGACGAAGAGAUUCUUCCAUCGACUCGUGCCGUGCCCUACGCCCUAUAAAACUGCUUUGCUCGAUACCCCGAAAUUUCCUCUGCAGUUAUCGUUUUUCACUUGGCAACCGUAGGGAUUCCGCCUCCAUACAAUCCCGAUUCUCAUCUCCGAAAUCGAUCAUGGCGUCGAAGCGGAUCUUGAAGGAGCUCAAGGAUCUUCAAAAGGACCCACCCACCUCCUGCAGCGCUGGUCCUGUUGCUGAAGACAUGUUUCAUUGGCAAGCUACAAUUAUGGGUCCUCCGGAUAGCCCAUAUGCAGGCGGCGUGUUCCUAGUCACCAUUCAUUUUCCUCCGGACUAUCCUUUCAAGCCUCCUAAGGUUGCUUUUAGGACAAAAGUUUUCCACCCGAAUAUUAACAGUAAUGGGAGCAUAUGCCUCGACAUAUUGAAGGAACAGUGGAGCCCCGCGCUGACCAUCUCUAAGGUGCUGCUCUCUAUAUGUUCUUUGCUGACGGACCCCAAUCCCGACGACCCUUUGGUGCCAGAGAUUGCUCAUAUGUACAAAACAGACAGGGCCAAGUAUGAGACGACUGCAAGGAGCUGGACUCAGAAAUAUGCGAUGGGCUAGCCAUGGAAGGCUUCGGGAGGUGAUUGUCUGCGGGAAGGGAGGGGAGGGAUGGGAUGCCUUCAAUUAUCGUGCUCUGUUUACAUUUUGUGUCUGGAUUCGAACAAGAUUGAAAAUAUGUCACAUUGCAUGCCUGUGUUGCUGUUGAACUCUCGAAUGUGUAGCUAUAUUAUAUCUUGUGCAAGUGUUUUUUUAUACCUA